CCGAGUUAGCAUUAUUUUUGUGUCAUUGUUUUAUACUCUUUCCUUUAAUAAGUGUUGUUUUGUUAUGACACCAUUCAGUUGCCAAAACAUGAUAUCUCCAUACACAAAAAUCUUCUUUAUGCUACCUUGUGGUAUGAUGGGGACAACAAUAUUAUUGUUGCCUUGACAGAAUUUAUGCUACAUGGAGACACGAUUCUCUCUGUUGAGAUACAAUACUUAAUUUUUGUAUCUGCCUGUGUGGAACUGUAAAUACUUCUUUUGAAUAAAUAAAAGGUCAUGUCUCAGAAAGGAAGAUGAAAGAACGAAUUGAAUAACAAUGGUGCUGAUGAUACUGUACCCACUGAUAAAUCUAACUGGGAUCUGAAUACUCUUAUGGAUUCAUGGGAGGGUUCUACGAUGUGGUUCCUAUUCAAGAUGCAAGUGAAGUUGAUGCACUAUAAAAUUUUGUGCUGGGAGCUUAUGGGGACAACGGGUCACUUAUGUAUCACCAGAGCUAUGGUUAUGCAGCCUAUAUUACAUACUUGCCUGCUACUUCCCCUGUCCCCACUGUGAGGCAUGAUGGCCAACUUUAUGGAGCACAACACUACCACUAUCCAUAUUUCCAGCCCGUCCCUCCAAUCAGUACUCCAUAUGCUAUGUCGGUUGCUCCACGAAAAGGUAAUAAAAAUCGUUGAUGCAGGAGCUGACAUAGUCCGAAUUACAGUCCAAGGAAAGAAAGAAGUUGAUGCAUGUUUUGAAAUUAAAAAUUCUCUGGUGCAAAAGAACUACAACAUCCCUCUGGUGGCGGACAUUUUUUUGAUCCUUCUGUUGCACUUCGAGUGGCGGAGUGCUUUGACAAAAUACGUGUCAAUCUUGAAAACUUUGCUGACAGGCGAGCCCAGUUUGAGAAAUUAGGUACACACAUGAUGACUAUCAGAAAGAACUCAAGCAUAUUGAGGAGGUCAGACUAUCUUGCACUUGUAUGACUAUAGCAUUUUUUUUCAACUGACAAUACAUGUAAAAAUAAUUAUUUGCCCUGCUUUAGAUGAUACUUAAAAAGUCAUUAACAUGGUGUAAGGUGUUGGUCCUGCAAGUUGGAAUGUCUU